CAAAUCGAUUUGAUUGUUCUUCAACAUUCAGGGAUCAUAUAUGAUAAAAUAUGAAGGUUACGUGAUGCAAUCAUAUGUUUACAUUUUUUUUUAAAUUAUUCAUUUGACAACAUCUCAUUGCCAAAAUAUAUAUUUAUAGAUCCAUUGUACUUACACAAAUCAGAUAUGGGGACUAGUUUUCUAUGCGGUAAAAUUUGACAAGGUAAAUUGCAGAAAAUGCAGAGUUGGUUAUGCUUAUUUUAAAUAACUUUACCUUCUUAUACACAAGAAUCUACUACUUUCAGCAUUUUGCAAUAUUUUAUUUGAAAAUCGCUCCCGAAAACAUUGUACAACUGCAGCUAAAUGUUCAUUAGAUACAAAUUGUCCAAGUAAAUUGUAGUAGCAGAAAAUCUGCCAAUUUUUCAUACCCUCAACAAUAUGGCAAGAGACGGUAUAUAUCAUUUGAUUCGGUCAAAACGUGCCUCAUCGAAAUAUCGGUUUUAGACCCUAGGUCUCUUUGGACCAAAUCCGUUUCAGGACACUGGAGUCGAUCUAGCGAUAUCCUUCCGUGCUGGCUGGCUGGUGCGCACGAUAACUCUCGAAGGGAGUAUCCGAUUUGGUCCAAACCUAGUACAUCGUAAUAUUAUUAUUAAACUUAGAUCGUGUUCGGAGAUGAACAACAUUGGCGAACUCCUUCUGGUAUCUCCCCCACAAAAGGACAACAUUUUAAAAGAAAAUAUUUUACUACACAGAGUGAGAAAGGAUAAUCCGAUUUUGCUCCAACUUUGCAACUCCUAAUAUGUGCAUCAGUUCUAGGUCAGGUGCGAAAAUGGAUAAUAUCGGUGCACCCCCUCAAGUACCGCCCCCACAAAGGGUCAACAUUUUGAUUUAAUUUCACAGAUCUCAAUAUUUUAAUUAACUCAAUGUCUGGUAUGAAGAUGGAUGGAUGUCGGGUAUGGAUGGUUUCGAAUAAUCAAAACGAUUAUUAAAUCCGAAAUAAACGUCCCGUUCUCUUCAUAUUUCACAAAUCACAUUAUUUUUACUAACAGUAGAUCUGCAAUGAAAAUGGGAUAUAUCAGCGCACUCCUUCUGGAACUCCCCCAACAAAGGGUUCAAAAUUUUGAAUAUCCAUGAAGCUGCUAAAACGCAAAAUUAAAAUCCGAUUCUAUUCAGACUUGGCAAAUCUCAAUACUUUUAUCAACACAAGAUCUGUUAAAAAGAUGGUAGAGAUCGGGCCACUUCUUCUUGUGGCAAAAGGUUAAAGUUUCGAAUAAUCAAAACGAUUAUUAAAUCCAAAUUAAAUAAAACCUCUUUAUAUUUCACACAUCCCAUUAUUUCUACUUACACAAGAUCUGCUGUAAAAAUGGCAUAUAUCGGCGCACUCCUUCUGGAACUUCCCACACAAAGGGUUCAAAAUUUUUAAAAAAAUCAAAUUUCACACACCCGAACAUUUUUGCUUACGCAAAAUCUGUUAUGAGAAUUAUAGAUAUUUGUCUACCCGUUCUGGCACCUCAAAAACGAAGGGUCACAAUCUCCAAUACUUAUAUCAGUCAUAACAUGUGGUUCUUUACAAAUUGAUAUGUCUAAAUAUUUCCCUUAGCCAGAAAGCUGAUAUGAAUAUGCAAUUAAUCGAAUUGGACAAUAUUGGCCUACUGCUUCGGACCUCCCCCAUAAAAGGUCAACGGUUAGAAUACAUCCUAUACUAUACUAUUUAACUUGUUAAAAUUAAAUUUGGCUGCAAUUUUUGCAAUGUUUUCGUAUACGAAAACGAAUUUCCAAUAUUUCCAAUUAGAUUGUCUUAUAUGUUGAUUUUGCAAGGUUGCCACCUAGUUUUAUAUUUUUACCAGGUUGUUCGUUCUUUCAGGUCAAAGUAAUUCGUUUUGUUUUUGAACUUAGCCCAGCCACAUAAGACGAAUAAGCCACUAAAAUGUAAUUGGAACAAACUAAUGCAGAAUACCGUUAGGUUGGAAAAACAUGGGUUAUUUCUAAAAAAAAUAAAGCCAAAGAGCUUUUUUCUCAUUACCAAGUACUGGUAUUAUUAUCCCAUGCAAUAAACUUUCAACCGUGGGAAAAUAAUUCAAAGUGACCACAUUCAAACAUAUGAUGACAAUCAUCUCACAAGCUUACCUUUAAUAGCAUUCAAAUUUAUAAAUCUGUUUUAGCGAAUUCUCAAAUGAGAUUACCUUGUGUAAUUAUAUCACGUUUUUGACUUUAGCGAAAGGAAUCUUUACUUGGACUAGAUUUGCAGUAUGUCUUUGAUGAAAAAAAAUUUACUAACUUACCUUUGGCAACAUUUAAAUACAAUGGGUUGUAUUCUUAGAUGAGGCUACCUGUGUUAUUAUAUCACACUGUCAACCAUAGUAGCGGACAAAAAAUUCAACUUGACUGGAUUUUUUUAGCAAGUCGUUAUAUUGCAAAGGAUUUUUUAGAUAUCUGGAAAUACUCAUAAUAUUUAAUUUUACUAUAAUUAAUUUAGCUAUCAUCAUAAUUAAUUAAACAAUAUUAAAAAUAUCAUUAUUUGGCUUUGUUUCAACAACCAACCCGUGUUGUGAAUGCUUUAAAUUUUGGUCUUAUAUUUGCACAGUUAUAUAUGUGUAUUAUUGUUGGUUUUGCAAUAAAAAUAUGUUAUCAUCACAUGAAAUCAAGGCAAAGAGAAAACCAUCAGCCGAAAAAGAUUCGGGAUUCCUACGGAUUGGCUCUUUGAAUGUCCGAGUGAAGAAAACGACCGAAGCGUUCAGCAACUUCUUGGGUGUGGGCAAUGGCAAUGGGAGCUCAAUGCCGGCACAGCCGCAUCAUCACCAUCCACACGCAGCCUCAACAGCAAGUCUCCCUCACCAGCGGCCCCAUCGUCACCAUCACUAUCCACAUCAUCUUCAUCACGCUGGUACGAUGCGGAAUCAGCAUCAUCUGCAUCCGAUGAUGAUGAAAAAAUCCUCAACAAUGAUGGCAAAAAAGAACACACCAUCGUCAAUGCACCACCUAGCACCGGGCUCGAGAGCGAGUGCACCCAUUAAUAGUAAACAAUUCGACUUGCUGCAUAAAUCAUGGGGUUCUGCCGACAACAUAAAUGGUACGUCGUCUAAUAUUAACAAUGUGACACAUGAUGAUGACGACGACGAUGAUGAAUCCCUAAUGCCACCACCAAAAGUUCUAGAUAGUGUUAAGAAACGCCAAAAGAACGCAAAACGUUCUUCUUUGACAUCCAAUACAACAGAUUCACCCAGAGAUUCCAUAUCUUCGACAUCAAGUUCUAAUUUCAAUACUGGCUACAGUAGUAUGCCAACGACACCCAAUCAAUUACGUUCACCCUUGGGCUUAGGUGCUGUGGCCCACAGCCUGACUGUUGAUUCGGACUCGGAUUCGGCAUGUGGUUUUGAUUCUAAUUGGUCGAUAAACGGUCGUAGUUCCCUAAGCAGCAGCAAUCUCAAAUCAACGAAAUAUUAACGGUCCCGAAGACCCCAUUCUAGCUCGAACAUUAUUUAACAUGAACAAUAAACAUGUUUUUGAUACAUUAGUUAUUAAGCCAUGACUAACAAAUUAUUAAACGAACAACUAGUAGUUAUAAAUAAAAAAUAAAUAAAUUUAAUUUUAAAAAUAUAUUUUCUAAUUGGAGCAUCCUAAAUGUAUAUUUACUAACAAUUGCAUCAAUCUCAAUAAAUAUAACAUGUAAACUUA